GUGGGCGCUCCGGGGUGGCGGUAACGGCCAGCGGAGCAGGUCGGGUCCGAGGGUACGGUCAGGCCGGGCGAAGCAGGUCCCUGUGACCGUCUGCUGGCCUACCGCUCCCAGGCCCUUCCUGGGAUUGUGCUGCCUGCGGGGUGAGCUUGCUCUACUGCCCGCCCGGGGCCGAGCAGGGGAAGUGGAGCUCGGUGCUCUGGGGUAGAUGUUUUUUGCCUCGGCCCCGCUCUCCAGAGGAAGGUGAUUCCUAAAGCUGCCUUUCAGAGCUUGCCGAACUUGGCUAACGGAAGGGAGGACGCGCUUUAAAGGCGGGGGCUGGCCUCGAAAUGCGUGCUUCGAAGACCGGCAGGUAAAGCUUGACGGCUUUACCUUAAAGUCCUGAAGUGUCCUGAGGUUGGGAAAGGUUCGGAGUGCUGCCGUUGAGGGCAGCCUUGCCCGCAGGCUCCGGAAGCAGGUGGGGAGCAGCAUGUCACGCUACGAGAUGAGCUUCCUUCUUCCCCAGAGUCUGUUGUUGGACAUUUGAAGGAGGACGAAUAAUUUUGGCACCUUAGCUCAGAAGCUUGCAAAUGGCUCCACUGCAGAAGGCUGAGCUGGUUCAGACCUCCCUGCAGCUGUAUCGUUACCUGCUGCGAUGCUGCAAGCAGCUUCCCGAGGAGAGCAUUCGUCAGCACUACAGGCAUGCCAUCAGGCAGAGUUUCAGAGUUCAUGCUGAUGAAGAUGAUCCUGAGCGAAUCCAGCAGAUCAUUAGGAGAGCCAUUGAAGAUGCUGACUGGGUCAUGAAUAAAUACAAAAAACAGAAUUAGAAGGGGAAUGAUGAAGACAAAACUGAAAUUGGUAACCACCUUGCAGUCAAGCCCAGUACUAUCUUAUUGCUUGGAGUUUUCCCUUGGAUAAUGCAAAUUCAUAUCUCAUUGCAGUGUCAUGAAGCUAAAUUGACAUUUUGGAAGCUAUUUGUUGAUUAAAAGUCACAGUGCAGGUUCAAAGCUUUGCUUUGUAUAGUCACAAACUUAGGUUAAAGCCCAAACUUCUUGGAACUUUGAGUAGCACAGAGCUGCUCAGGAGAACUUAGUGGGAAUGGAAAUGUGAUGGAGCACAAAUCAGUAACAAGUGAUGGACUGUGCCCUGUCUGUCAUACCUGAUGGAUUGCAUCACCUCAUAUGAAAGAACUGAGCUGCUGUCUGAGCAGGAAAGUGUGUGCUAGGAGACAUAGACCUGAGAAGUGUUCAUGGAAGAUGUGAGCACAUCUCUCUGUGCUUGUUUGUGCAGUUGAUGACACUGUCAGGCCCAGCACAGCUGUGGCUGGUGAACACCUGAGUUGUUUGAUGGGAAGGUAGCAGUGGGUUUGUUUGUGUAACAGCUGAAUUAGGGCAGCCUGCAGUGUCAGCUCAUCCUCUCAGCACCACAGGUAGGUUUUCAGAGUGAAGCAAAGGUGUGACCAGAGCACAGGGCUGGUUCUAGUCACAGAAGCAUAGGCUGCAGGGCAGAGAAUGUACCCACAAGAUCUCGAAGCCCAUCUGAAGCCUGAACCACAUCAUUUUCCACCUGUCUGCCUGUGCCAUGGCCAGAUCUGCUUUCUAGUCUAGACCUGCACUUGAUCUAAUGGUUGUUUUCUCUUAGAGAGGUGCCUGUCACCCUGCUCUCUUGUGUAAACUGAUGCUGUUGGGGUGGGAUUUGUGCACCAAAUGGUAUUAGCACUGAGCUGUGUGCUGUACAGGUGUAAAGGCCUUCCCAACUGCAUGCACCCUGGAAUAAAUGCCCUGAGUCUGUGUUCUUUUCAAAGCAAACACUUUGUCACGGCCCUCGUGGAUUCUCAGUAGGGAAAGCUCAAUAAAAACGUGAACUGGUGUAAAUAAAAUGAA